UUUGAGUUCAUUUGACUACAAUAUAAUUCACUUCACUGCAUAUAAAAAUGACCAAAAGCUGGAUCACAGUUUUCCUGUUCUUCCUAUUGGUUACUAUGUUUUUUGCCACUGCGAUACCACCUGAAGGGCAUCAGAAUAUGACGGAGGACUUGACUCAACUGAGUGUUACACGGAAUAAAAUUAUGACAGCACAGUAUGAAUGCUACCAGAAAAUUAUGCAAGAUCCUAUUCAUAGGAAGGAAGGUCCUUACUGUAACAGGACAUGGGAUGGCUGGUUGUGCUGGAGUGAUGUUGCUGCCGGAACUGUGUCAGUACAGCGUUGUCCUGACUACUUUCAGGAUUUCAACCCAUCAGAAAAAGUUACGAAGAUCUGUGAUCCGAGUGGGAAUUGGUUUAGGCACCCAGAAAGCAACAGGACGUGGACAAACUAUACCCAGUGUAACAUCUAUACGCACGAAAAAGUGAAGACUGCUCUGAAUUUGUACUACCUGGCCAUCAUCGGACAUGGUCUUUCAAUUGCAUCACUUCUGAUUUCUCUUGGCAUAUUCUUUUAUUUUAAGAGUUUGAGCUGCCAAAGGAUUACCCUGCAUAAAAAUCUGUUUUUCUCUUUUGUUUGCAACUCUGUUGUAACAAUAAUUUCACUGACUGCAGUUGCCAACAAUCAGGAGUUAGUUGCAACUAAUCCAGUUAGCUGCAAAGUGUCACAGUUCAUCUACCUGUACCUAAUGGGUUGCAACUACUUUUGGAUGCUGUGUGAAGGCAUUUACCUGCACACUCUCAUUGUGGUGGCUGUUUUUGCUGAGAAACAACACUUGAUGUGGUACUACCUUCUUGGCUGGGGUUUUCCGCUGAUCCCUGCCUGCAUCCAUGCCGUUGCUAGAAGUUUGUAUUAUAAUGACAAUUGUUGGAUCAGCUCUGAUACUCAUCUGCUGUACAUCAUCCAUGGCCCCAUUUGUGCUGCUCUGCUGGUGAAUCUUUUCUUCCUGCUAAAUAUCGUCCGUGUUCUCAUAACCAAGCUGAAAGACACCCACAAGGCAGAAUCCAACCUCUACAUGAAAGCAGUGAGAGCUACACUGAUCCUUGUUCCGCUACUUGGCAUUGAAUUUGUGCUGUUUCCAUGGCGACCAGAAGGCCGGAUCGCUGAGGAGGUGUAUGACUAUGUGAUGCACAUCCUUAUGCACUACCAGGGUCUACUGGUGGCUACAAUCUUCUGCUUCUUUAAUGGAGAGGUCCAAGCUGUUUUGAGAAGGCACUGGAAUCAGUACAAAAUCCAGUUUGAGCACAGCUUCAGCCACUCGGACGCUACGCGCACCGCUUCUUACACCGUCUCAUCCAUCAGCGACGUUCAGGGCUACAGCUACAACCACGACUGCACCAGCGAACAUUUAAACGGGAAGGGCUACCACGACAUGGAGAGUGUUGUUUUAAAGACUGAAAAGCUGUACGGCUGACUGCCCGAGGCGCAGCCCAGGCCGGGGUGCUGACCCUCCUAGCCCGUGGACUCCAA